CUAUCCCAAAAUAAAUGUUUACAGUACCACAAAUGCCCUGUAUAAAGCUACAUGAUCAGCAAAUUCCUUAAAAAUAGCCCGCAGGUCGUGCUGGAUUACUUCGUUACCUAGACCUUCCAGAUACCAGGAGACAUGCACUGGAUAGAAUGUACUUUUGUCACUGCUUGACAUCUUUUCCUCUGGCACAGUUUAUACCAACUCUGGAAGAAGGUACUAGGGUGUAUGAUAUGGAUUCCAGAGCACAAGAACGACUUCCAUUCUCCUACACGGAUUUGUACAAAUCAACCCCCUUUACUGAUAUGUCCAUGGUGGAGGUAAACACACAAAAUUCAGACCCUGCCCAUUUGAGAGAUACUUCUGCCUGGUUUGGAGACCCAGGAAUGCUGGAACAUGAGAUGUUAGAAGCUGGUAUUCUAGCUUCUCUGAGGGAUUAUGAACAAGAAGAAACACACAAACAUGAGCUAACCUUGAACAAAUCCAGUGUGUCAGCACUUAGACUCCAGCAGCUGGAACGAAUGGGAUUUCCCACAGGACCUGCAGUUGUUGCAUUAGCAGCCACAGGAAAGGUGGAGCGAGCAGUGUCCCUUCUUGUGGAAGGAGAGAUUGGUAGAGAUAUUACAGUGGCCAGUAACAGGCAGACAUCUCAUGGACAUCUAAGCUCCUCUGACUACGGGCACAUAAACCUCUGAUACAUUAGCUCAUGGUGCUAUCUACAAAUCUCCAAUAAGAGAGAGCAUUACAAAUACUGUACUUUACCAGUGUUGCUUGAAGAGCAAUAUACUAAUGAUAGUGGAGCAAUUUUUGGCAGUACAUGCUGGCUGGUAGAGCAGCCCACACAAAGACAAGAAAAUGAUGACAAACACAAUGGAUUGUCAAGAACAUUCCAAAACCAGAACAUGUUUCCUGGAUAUAAUCCUUAUGUCUCAGGAUCUGAUAUAGGGAUUUUCCAACAGAAACUCAAUAAAAAAAAGUUUUAUUUAUUUAUACAAA